CUCACUCUCUCAAACCCAACUGCCACUAACUGUCCAGCUCCUCUGCUCAUCUACUCCAGUAUAGCACAGCGUCCAAGCUAGCUAGCUAGUGGCUAGAUUCCCGGGACAGCGCUCGAUCGCGCCUCGGCCUUCCUCUGGGCGUCCAUAUAUAAGCAGGCCCAGUGAUCCGAGAUUACUCCAUCCUUGAGCUGAAUCUAACCAACGCGAGCAAGUUCAUCAGCUUGCAACGCUUUGCUCUAAUGGAGGCCCGGACCGCCAUUGCGCUGCUCCUCGCGCUCGUGGUCGCCGCGAGCUUCCUCUGCGACGGCGUCCACAGCCGCCACCACCACCACACCAAGCGCCACUCCGUGCGGCCGCCGUCCCACGCACCCGGGCCUGCGGGACCGAGGAGGGCACCUUCACCUAAGCAUGGGUCUCCGUCUGCACCACCGCCGGCCAGGACGCCACCGUCAGCCCCUCCAAUGCCGGGCGCGCCCGCGCCGGCCCCGUCCGACGAUGGCGACAACGUGUACGACGUCAUCAAGGACUUCGGCGCGGUCGGGGACGGCGUGACGGACGACACGGACGCGAUCAAGACCGCGUGGGACACGGCGUGCCAGGACGACGGGGAGGGCGUCGUCCUCGCGGCCGCCGGGCACUCGUUCCUGGUGCACACCACCACCUUCACCGGGCCGUGCCAGGGCAGCGUCACGCUGCAGAUCGACGGCACGAUCGUGGCGCCCAGCGAGCCCACCACGUGGCCGGCCAACAGCAAGCGCAACUGGCUGGUGUUCUACAAGGCCGACGGCAUGGCGCUGCGCGGCUCCGGGCUCAUCGACGGCAAGGGCCAGAAGUGGUGGGAUCUCCCCUGCAAGCCUCACAAGGGAGGAAGCACCCACGGACCUUGUGACAGCCCGGUGGCGCUUAGGUUUUUCAUGAGCAACAACGUGACGGUGCAAGGGCUCAGAGUGCAGGACAGCCCGGAGUUCCACUUCCGGUUCGACAGCUGCCGCGGCGUGCACGUCGACAGCCUCUCCAUUAGCUCCCCGGCGCUGAGCCCCAACACCGACGGCAUCCACGUCGAGAACACCCAGGACGUGCUCAUCACCAACACCGUCGUCUCCAACGGCGACGACUGUGUCUCCAUCGGCGCCGGCACCCUCAACGUCCACAUCGAGAACGUCACCUGCGGCCCCGGCCACGGCAUCAGCAUCGGGAGCCUGGGAAAGCAGGGGUCGCGGGCGUGCGUGGCCAACAUCACGGUGCGGAACGCGGUGAUCCGGCACUCGGACAACGGCGUGAGGAUCAAGACGUGGCAGGGCGGCUCCGGGUCGGUGUCGGCGGUGACCUUCGAGAACGUGCGCAUGGACGCCGUGCGCAACCCCAUCAUCAUCGACCAGUACUACUGCCUCACCAAGAGCUGCGAGAACGCCACCACCGCCGUCUUCGUCUCCGACAUCACCUACGCCGGCAUCCGGGGCACCUACGACGUGCGCGGCCCGCCCAUCCACUUCGGCUGCAGCGACGCCGUGCCCUGCACCAACAUCACCCUCUCCGGCGUCGAGCUGCUGCCCGCCUCCGGCGACACCGUCGACAGCCCCUUCUGCUGGAACGUCUACGGCAACACCACCACGCCCAUUGUGCCGCCGGUGGCGUGCCUCAUAGAGGGCGUGCCCAGGAACGUGGAUGAAGCUAGCAGCUUGAAGUGUUACUGAUGAGCGACGUCAAGCCGUCGCACGCCCCUUAUAGAUGAGGAAGUAAUUAAAACCAGAGAAAAUAUAUUAGGCCAGACAAAAAACUUAGUUAAAGCAUGGUCGUGUGUAGUAUAAAUUACCUAUAUAUUGUAUAUAGAAAGAUGAAAAUGUAACAGUAUGAGAUGAUUUGCGUGACA